AUGAUCAAUGUGCUGGUUAUUGUAGAUAUGCGACAGCAGACGUUAGUUCACAAUCAAUGUCAGUUGACAUGCAGUGAGAAUGGAGAAGACUCAAGAGUACCAGGAGAGCAACAGCCCCCAGCAAGAGUACCAGGAGAGCAACAGCCCCCAGCAAGAGUACCAGGAGAGCAACAGCCGCCAGCAAGAGUACCAGGAGAGCAACAACAGCCCAGUACCAGGAGAGCAGCAGCCCUCCCAGUACCAGGAGAGCAACAGUACCAGGAGAGCAACAGCCCUCCCAAGCAACAGUACCAGUACCAGGAGAGCAACAGUACCAGUAGAGCAACAGUACCAGUACCAGGAGAGCAACAGCCCCCCAGUACCAGUACCAGGAGAACAACAGCCCCCAGUACCAGUACCAGGAGAGCAACAGCCCCCCAGUACCAGUACCUGGAGAGCAACAGCCCCCCAGUACCAGUACCUGGAGAGCAACAGCCCCCCAGUACCAGUACCAGGAGAGCAACAGCCCCCCAGUACCAGUACCAGGAGAGCAACAGCCCCCCAGUACCAGUACCAGGAGAGCAACAGCCCCCCAGUACCAGUACCAGGAGAGCAACAGCCCCCCAGUACCAGUACCAGGAGAGCAACAGCCCCCCAGUACCAGUACCAGGAGAGCAACAACAGCCCCCAGUACCAGUACCAGUACCAGGAGAGCAACAGCCCCCAGUACCAGUACCAGGAGAGCAACAACAGCCCCCCAGUACUAGUACCAGGAGAACAACAGCCCCCCAGUACCAGUACCAGGAGAGCAACAACAGCCCCCAGUACCAGUACCAGGAGAGCAACAACAGCCCCCCAGUACCAGUACCAGGAGAGCCACAGCCCCCCAGUACCAUACCAGUACCAGGAGAGCAACAGCCCCCAGUACCAGUACCAGGAGAGCAACAACCCACCAGUACCAGGAGAACAACAGCCCCCCAGUACCAGUACCAGGAGAGCAACAGCCCCCCAGUACCAGUACCAGGAGAACAACAGCCCCCCAGUACCUGGAGAGCAACAGCCCCCCAGUACCAGUACCAGGAGAACAACAGCCCUCCAGUACCAGUACCAGGAGAUACCAGUACCAGGAGAGCAACAGCCCCCCAGUACCAGUACCAGGAGAGCAACAACCCACCAGUACCAGGAGAGCAACAGCCCCCCAGUACCAGUACCAGGACAGCAACAGCCCCCCAGUACCAGUACCAGGAGAGCAACAACAGCCCCCGAGUACCAGUACCAGGAGAGCAACAACAGCCCCCCAGUACCAGUACCAGGAGAGCAACAACAGCCCCCGAGUACCAGUACCAGGAGAGCAACAACAGCCCCCCCCAGUACCAGUACCAGGACAGCCGCCAGUCCACACAGCUGGGCCCCUCUCUCACCCACUUUACCUCCGCCAUUUUUCUUGGCCGCCGCCUCAGAGCGGCCGAGGUGAGGCCUGUGGGGCCCAGGCUGGCCCCGGCUGCCAUCCCCGCAGCCGAGGAAGCCACGCCACAAGCCGCCCAGCUGACAAGGACAACAAAACUUGGACAGAUAAUAAAAGAGAAUCGAUUAUUUGACCUUCAUUUGUUCACCACUGACGAAACACAAGACUAA